AGGGAGCAGAGAGAGAGAGGGAAAGCAGAGAGGAAGGCAGAGAGAGAGAGAGAGAGAGAAGGGACAGAGGCAGGGAGUAAAGAGAGAGAGAUUAGAGAGAAAAAGGCAUUGUGCAGAGAUUGCAGGGACAGGCAGGUUACAGAGCGGCUACGAUCCACAGCGCACCAGCGACAUGGGCCACACACAGACCUCUUUGUCUCCACUCAGGGAGUGAAGAGACGAGACUAGGACUGGGAAGAGGACAGGACACUGCGAGAGGAAGUGAUUUGAAGAACAACUGUGUUUUAACAGCUUUUGCUGGGGCACCUUGAGUGGCGGGACGGUAAGGGACCAGCUGUGAGUGUCAUCUGGCCAUGAGAGAGUGACGGAGAAAGGACAUCUACUGCUACUGAGGACGUCUUGGUAUCUUCCUCUCCUGCCUGUCCCCAUGUCGAGAGGAGGGAGGCCCCCGGGUGGGUGGGCCCCGAUGUGGCCCCUGGCGUGUGCACUGACCCUGGCUGCAUGCUCGUCGGUCAGCCCCCUCCUCCAAGAGACCACCUCUGAUCCUCCCAUUGCUACAGAGACACAGACUGGAGUACGAACACAGCCAGAGCUUCAGACAGAGGCACAGACACAGCCUAAGCUACAGACUGAGUCACCAACAGAGUUAGAGUCACAGGCAGCCAUCAGUAACCACACAGGUCUGUUGUGUGUGUCCGUGCUUCCCCCGAGGCGCGGGUCAUUCUAUGUGGAGCAUGGGACAGGGGUGUCGGUGGGUACAGUGCUGGCCUUCUGGUGCAGGGAGGGCUACCAGCUGGUGGGCAGUGAUAAGAUCUCCUGCAGCGUCUGGGCAGGCAAACCCCAGUGGAGCAACUUCCUGCCAGUCUGUGAGGCCAUAUCGAGGCCAGAGGACCGGGGUCUGCGCGUGGCCGUGCUGGCCUCAGUGGUCAGUGGCAUCGUCAUCCUGGCAAUGUCUCUCUCCUUCAUCAUCUGCUGCCUGCAGGAACGCACUGGGAAGGACAGGGGCUCCAGGAGGGACGGCAGGAGCAGGCGUAGAGACACGCGGUCUUCUCGGCGAAGUGAGUGCUGGCUGGAGAGAGAGGAGGGGGACUGGGGCACGUUUCCCCCUCCUAAGAUCUUCCACCUGUCACAGCGGCCGGACCUCCGGCUGGCUGCAGAAAGCCCUGUCUACCUGGGGGGCAUGGCCGGGUUCGACAACCGCGGAUACCUGAGGAGUCAGGAGAGCCUACUGAAGGCCCCGCUUCCUGGUCUGUUCCGGGCAGAGAGUCAGAUCAUCUACCCCCACGUGGUGCUCCAGAGAGUCCCCACCCCCACUGCCCCAACUGCUCCGGUCUACCCCCACAACAUUACCUCCAACUCCGGAUGUGCUCCCUCACAGCCACACCACAUGCCCCCAUAUCCUACCCCACAGUAUCCCAUCCACAACUCCACCCCCCAGCGAGUUCCAUGGCAAACGCAGCCCCAUUGAACUGUCACUGUCCACUCGAUCAAAUAACACACUAUUCCCUAAUAAGUGCGCUAUGUUUGAGCAGAGCCCCAUGCAGCCAACCUUAUGCAAGUUUUGGUCAAAAGUGAUGCGCUACAUCGGGAAUAAGGUGUUAUUUGCCAUUUGAGAACAGCCCUCAGACCCCUGUCAGUGAGAUGCUUCUACUACUGCAAGGAUGGCUGGAUGGGACACGUAUUACUGUAUAUACUGUAUGAUAUGGACUGACAGAGAGACCAGAGGGUCUUUUCCAGCACUUUCUGACUCCUCGCCUCUUCUCUCACUGAGGAAGCUCUUUCUGCUGUUUCUAGUGUAUCUCUACACGGCAGAGGAGGUUUUUCUAUCUCUACCAUUCUCUCUGUGUCUCCUGUCAAGGCUUUUGUUCAUUUUGUGGUGUCCUCCAUUUUCACAAGCGCUUUCUUCCUAUUAGUCUUCUGAUUGGUCAAAGUCCCCUUCAGACCGUGCCUAUCAGGACACAUCCACUUGUUGAUGUCACUGACUGAAGACUGUGAGAUGUUGUUUGGCGGUGGUCCCCAAGUCGCCACUGACCAAAGAAGAAAUGGACUUAGCUGAGGAAGGUGGAUACAGAAAUCAUCCCCAAUACAAAUGUAUGGGUGUAUAAUAUAUUAUUCUUAAAGGUUAUGAAUAUGCAAAUUCAUGUUUUUCAUGAAAUUGGAUGAUAUUUGGAUGAAAGUAUGAUGGCCAAAGUAUGAAAAAUGUAAAGUAUGAAAACUGUUUCGUCUACAUUGAUAAAGUUUGGAUUCUUGGAUUCAGGAGGCGGGAUUAUUAAGGGGCUAGGGUGACAUCACCCUAACUCUCUCAUUUUAAUACAACAAUGGUAACAUGAUAUUCUCUUACCUAAUUUAAAUAAGUACCGCCUUGUAACCAGCAUCGGAGAAAGCGUGUUUACAGAGGGGCGUGGUUUAUAUAGCUAGAUAGCUACUCUACUGGUGUUAGCUAGUCACUGGCUAGCUAGGUCUUCAGCCAGCGUGGAACUAAAGGGGGGACAGGUCGUUCAAAACUCACAGUUGUCAGAUCACCACAUCCGUCAGUGCUAGUGUGAACCGCAGCACCAGAAACAUGUCAAAGGGGAGAUGUAUAAAUGAAAUAUGUAUAUCAUUGAUGCAAUUUCAAUGUUGUUUGAGUUGCUUUGUGUAUCACUUCCUGGUAGUUAGCCAUGAAAGAAUAAGUAAUUUUCCAAUAUUUUUAGCAUUUAUAUCCCAAAAUAAUACAAUGGGGGAUAUUUAUGUCACUCAAAAGGCUAUUUUACAUGGUAAUCAAAAUGACUGUUCAGGACAUUUCAUAAUAUGAGAAGGCCUUUCAGCAAAGUUCAGCCAUUAUUUUCCCCUAUUUGUUCUAAAGCUUUGGACUAAAACUUUGGAGAUCUCCUUCCCUGUUGUUGAAGUCUUUGUCGUGUGUUUUUCUACGGUGGUAGGAGACUUGGAACAGUCACACCAACUAACCUGCACUUUAUGGAUUUUACUGACGGGCUGACAAUAGCAAUUGCAAGAACCUUGCGCUGACUAUUCCCGCAAUAUGUUUGUAUGAAAAAUGGUUUCUACCUAAAAACUGAUUAAAGAUAUUUUUGUUUAGUUGAA